UGGAGAGACCAUAACGACAUCAGUACACCGGGAAACACUGCUGGCAUAAGAGCUAUAUCAGAACAGGAAAAUUGUACAAUACAAAACGUAUGGGCUGAAGGGUCACGCUAAAGCUAAAUUACAAGGUACAAGAGUGCGUACAGGUGCAACCCAUCAAGAACUUAAGGUGAUGGGGUAGCAAUACCGCAGAAAUGAACCUGCACAUCCUGUUGGGACAGAUAUGGCUUCUUUUUUUUCUACCUGGAGAUGUCCACUCUUGUGACUCCAUCACUGUAAACUCUCCCAUUGUGUUGGGUUCUCGUCUCCUGGCCUCCUGCACUGUGAGCAAAGAAAGCUGCACCGGCCUAGAUGAAGAUGAAUAUCUAAUUAAAUGGAAAUUAGACAGUGAAUUUAUACCAAACACACAGUAUAUCAACCUUUAUAAAAACACAACCUUAGUGUAUUUCAAAAGUUUCAACAAGACACAAGGACUGCUUUCCUGCUAUGUCUCUGGGAAAAAGGAACUACAGCUUGUAGACAGAAAAGAAGUUAAAGCUGGCUAUCCACCUUCUCCACCCACUGACCUCAAAUGCCUCAUGAAUCUUACAGAUGACAGCUUAAAAUGUGCUUGGAAGCUUGGGAGAGACCCUCUAAUUGAAACUAAUGUCACUCUUUCAAGUCUCAAGGUCAACGGACAAUGUGAGAUGUCAACCGAACAGCAGCACGACAUAGUUCCCCUAGAAGAUCAAAUGUCCGGCAUCAUUCAUCGCAAUUAUUUUAACCUCUACAAGAAAAUUGUAGUGUGGGUAACUGUGAGAAAUGCACUAGGGGCUGCUGUCUCUGAAACGCUUUGCCUGGUCCCAAUUCAUGAAGUGAAAUUAGACCCUCCUGUUAUUGAGGAAAUCGUAACUUCUGGUCCAGGAUGCGUUAGAUUACAAUGGAGAAAAGGCAUGAAGGGGGGCUUCAUUGCAUCCCAAAGUUACCAACUGCAAUACAGAAGAGAAGAUGAGAUAGAAUGGACGGGGCCUCUAGAUGUAAUUGCUGGUUUAAAUGAAACUAUCAUCUGCAGUCUCAAAUCAGCCAGAAAGUAUCAUUUCCAAUUACGAAGUAUCCGGAGCUCUAAAACUGGAGUUUGGAGUGAGUGGGGACAAGAGAGAAGUUUAACCACUUCUGAAACAGCUCCCACAGGUAAAUUGGAAACCUGGUGGAAAAGCACAGAAUCUACAGACAGACUCCCAGUGAAAGUUCAUCUAUUUUGGAAGGCACUGAAGAGAGAAGAGGCCAAUGCAGAACACAUUUGGUACAUUGUAAGGACCUCUUCCGUUUUGGAUGGGAAUGACAUCAUAGUGUGUAACACAACAGGAUUCAACUGUAGUUUCUUCAAACCACCAGAAGUGAAGGGCGCAGUCAUCAUGGCUUACAAUACAGCAGGCCAUUCACAAGGGACAGAAAUCACAUUUUCUCCCAGGAAAGGUGCCCCUGUUUCCAGUAUCCGUGUCUCUGCUAAUGAUGAUUACAGUCUGCGUGUAGAGUGGGAGCCAGAAACAUCAGCUAAGGAAUAUAUCUUGGAGUAUAAGCGCACAAGUGAUCCUGAUUUUGAGAUCAACUGGAAAUCAGAGCCAAGAGAAAGCCAUGCUUCAAUCUUGUAUGACAAUGUUGAGCCCUUUGUGAGGUACACUGUGAGGCUUUACCCUUUGUAUGAAGAACAAGUAGGACACCCCGUGGAGACUGAUGCAUAUUCCAGACAAGGAGCUCCAGCUAUCUCCCCCAAAAUCAAGUUAAUCAAAGCCAGCAAGUCACAAGCAGUGUUGUCUUGGGAGCCAAUCCCUUUGGAGAGUCGUAAUGGAUUCAUUACAGGCUAUACCAUUUUCUGGACUGACCCGAAAGGAUAUGGACACUUUGCAGAUCUGAAAAACUCAUCAACAAAAUAUGUUAUCAAGAACUUGGAAUCAUUUAGCAUUUAUAAAGUUGUUCUAAGCAGCUCAACAUCUGGUGGUAGCACAAAUGGAACAGUUAUGGUGAUACAUACUACUCUUCUGGAUGAGAUUGAGGUCAGCAUACUGAUAAUGGUCCUCUGUCUGUUUUGUGCUGUGGCUAUCCUUUGCAUCUGUAUCUUGUGCGUAAUGAAACAUGAAAGGGUGAAGAACCACUUUUGGCCCAGCGUUCCAGACCCAGCCAACAGCAGCAUGGGGAAGUGGACAUGCGUAGAACAAGAGAAGCCCAAGAUGACUUUUGUCUUAAGAGAUGCUAACCAGACCAAUACCACUGAUAUCACCAUUUUGGAGGAUUGGCAAGUGAAGAAGCCUUCUGCUGCAAAUCUAGCCAAGCAUUCAAAUUCCCAGCAAGAUUAUUAUAAAAAGAGCCAUGUCCAGCCCAAAUCCCACAGAGAAAACAUGAAUACCUUGAGGUCCUAUGCCAAUGUUGGUGAUACUGUCCAGUAUGCCAAAGUGAUCACAGGAGGCUAUCGGGAGCAGAGCCCUCCAUCCUCUCUCUAUAUAAGAUCUGACUCCACACAGCCUCUUCUAUGUGACACGUCUCCGAGCCCCAAAAACUAUGAGAACAUGUGGUUUCACUGCAACAACCAGGAAGACAGUGUCUUUUUUGUGGAGGAAAAUACUCUACAUGAUUUCCCUCUGCUCCAGGCUCUGAAAAUCCAAGAGGAAGGAGCACCAUUCAGUCUGUAUGGCUGAGGAAAUCACAAGAACGUUGUAGUCCAAAAGCUUCAAAAUAAUAUACAGGCCUCAAGUACAGACAAACAUAUAUUAACCAGCUUUACUUAAAUAUAUGAAAUUACCUAUUGAACUGAUAUGUGUUACAAUCUUCACAUACAUCCCCAACAGAUGGCACCAACCAAGUCAGUUGUUCUUACAGUGUGGUCUGCAUUGCAAAAAAAAAAGGACUGCCUCCCUGUCAUUGCACCUUCAGAUAUACCUUUUUCUAUGUUGUUACCUUAGCAUAGGAAUGAGCUCAUCAGGUUCAUGAUAAGUAUGCAUACCAAUCCAAGAUAAAAUAGUAAAUAAUUUGUCCACCUACCAAAUGCAUGGCAUCUACUUAAUCUACUUAACUAUGGACAGAUGGAAACUUUACAGUAGCAUUGCCAUAGUGGAAUAUGUGGACAUUAUACGUGAAAACAAUGCACAUGGAUAUAUCCUAGCUAUUGUUUAUUAAAUCGCAAUUUGUUCGUAAAUGAAAAAA